CUCAGCCCAGAGAGUUACCCACUAUCGCUCAACCGUAUCUCCUGCCGCUCUACUGUAAAUUCAGAACUGUAAUGAAACUUUUUCUUUCAUAUCUCCCGUUUUUAACGAUUCAUGUCUCUUUGAAAAAAUUUUCAGAUUUGAAACUUUGAAUUAGCAGCAAGCGCGUUCUAUAAACGUUACGGAUUAAUGAAAUCCCCGCGAGCAAUGUAUGCGCGCAUAGAUAGAGAAUAAGGUCAAGUGAUCAAUAAUUUAAUGAGCAUUGAACGAUACCGGAAAGAUAUCCUCGUGCUUUGCACAGGGGACAUUACCCUUUGGACAUUUACGACCGAUAAAAAUUAAAGCUGCACAUUGGCGUAUCGCGUGACAUGUAACAACCUGCUUCGAUUAGCCGGAUGGGCGCAUAAGCUGGUUGCUAUAGCAGAAGUCGGAGUUUACCCGCGCGAUCACGCAGAAUUCAUCGUGAGAUCACGUCCAAUCGAAGAAGAGCACACACCUACACCGCUCAUUCGCCGAUCAUUCGUGCGGCGGUGCGACGCGCCGAGUGCACGAAAUCAUACUCUUCAGGGACUAGUAGCUCCUAAAUUCUCCGAGGCGUCGAAUCUCCGAUGUGUUUCUGCGGUCUUAUUAUUUAUUUCGUAUUGAUUCCGUAUUAUCUUAAUCAGGAAAUUCGAGAAAAGAAUUUCGAGAAAUCUUCAAAAAAGGUUCAGUGAGGAAGAGUCAGAUAAGCUUGUUUAUUGAAGAAAAAAAAUUCUCGAUAAAAUUUAAGUGUACAUUUUUCUUAAGAUAAGAUGCAAGACUCAGCAAUAUUUAAUUGCUUUUUCCUUUUGCAAUGGUUAAUGAUUGAUAGCUUUCUGGACGAGAUAUAUUUCGAGGGUAUUUCUAAAUAACUUGCAGACCUUACGAUUGGGACAUCACGUGCCGAUUGCCAAGUUAAACUCAUUGUCACUAUAAUCUCGUAUGAAUAUGUCUCCCCAACAGUGUAGAGACAGCACAAUUAUUAACGAUGUAUAAUACAUGUUUCCAUGUGAAGCUUAUCGAUCCAAUUUCUACACACACGUCCAUAUAAAUAAUUCGCACAGGACAAUGAAAAAUGUAUCGAAGCAAACAAGUAAGAAAUUAUUGACGGGAAACUUUGCGAAUGAAAACACCGAGAACAUUGAUUUUAUCCGUGAACGUUAUAUAAUGUUUAACAUCUGAUAUAGUCGGUGCAGAAAAAACUUAUUGAUGCUACCGAGUUCAUAAAGAAAUCAAUGGAGCAUAAACCACCCUCCGGAAUUCUCGAGGAGGAACACUCGAAGACCACUCUGCGAAAUAGAUUCAACAAGUGUUCGGGGACGUCGCCCACGAGGGAUGGGAUCUCGCCGGGGAGGCCUCGUGUAUGACGACUCCGUAACGAGAACGGCACCGAGCAUCUCUCCCAAUCGCGUUGCGUGAAAUAUACACGAUUACGCGAUCGACCGGGAGAUCGCCGGACGCACAUGCGGAACCGAUGGCAGCUUAUAGUGGUAGCUCAUCUUGACCUUAACCCAUGAACGUGCCCCUUUUCCCGCAACCACCGACCGUCAGGGUCGUCGGGACGCCCCACAGUGACGUGCCGGACGUCGCAACGCUGCCACGCGCUCCGGCGACGCCUGCCGUCGUUGUACCGCGUGUACACGGACGACAUGCCGUACCCGUGCCGUCCUCCAGGAAGCGACGUCGCGUCUGCAGGAACUUGGUCCAUCCGCGGGUCAAGAAUGCCGCUCGUCGCCGUGUCACUGAGUUUUGCGUGAGGAUGACGGAGCGUCACGCGAAAAACGAUGAGAGGGACGACGACGACGACGACGUCGUUUGCGGCAUCGACACACCAAGCCGAAUAAGCCGAAUAAACACGGAGAUCUCGCCUCGCUUGAAAAACGGCGUGAUACGGACGAAAUGGACAAAAUCGGUGGCUGUUCAGACCAUAGAAGGAUUGCCGUUGCGACUGAGGGUCCUGCCGUCUCUCAGGGACAUCGAGGAGGACAAUGGCAGUACCUUGGAUCCGAUGAAGUCUUCGAGAGUCUGGAAGUACCUGAGAUUCUUAGGACGAUUGUCGUUGUCGCAAUUUGGACUUCUGUGGCUGCUUGUAACGUGGACAGUAGCAGGCGCGGCGGCCUUUUGCGCCACGGAGGGUCCCCGUGAGCGUGAACAAGUCGUGUCGCUAAAGAAUAUGCAGAAGGACCUGGCAGUUGGUCUAGCAACCGAACUACGCCAGUUACGGGCAGAGCAGGACCAGAACGUGGAACCGCUGUGGAGCAACAAAGUUCGCCAAUACGUGGCCAAGCAUGAAGAACGCCUUCUGAUCGCUAUUAGUUCCGGUUACGGUGAAGGCGGCAACAGCGGCCAGCUAUGGACGUUUCCAGGUUGCGUGUUGUUCGCCAUAUCGCUAAUCACCACUUUAGGUUUCGGGGCGCCGGUUCCGCGAACCACCGCCGGUCGCACAGUAGGGGUAAUUUUCGCUGCGAUCGGCAUCCCCGCGCACUUCCUCCUCGUCCUGAAUUUCGGUCUGAUGGUAGCCGUUCAUCUGCAAAAAUUCGCGCUCGCCAGACGCGGUGUGCGACUUGAUCACGCGGAAUCCAGCGUCUCCAUGCCGAUGCCGACGUGGGUGAAAAUCCUGCCGUUUGUUUUUUCAGUCGCUUACUACAUUUUGGGGGUACUGUGUUUCGGCAUAGCGCGAUCGAGGCCGAUCGCGGCGAGCUUGCUGUUCCCACUGGACUUCACGGCGGCGGGUGGUCUUUCCACUACCGUCGGCCACGUGCGUAUAUUGUACGGUCUGUAUUUGGAAGGAGCUGUUAGCAUUGCGGCAAUAAUGGUGGCUGUGCUGCGAGUAUCGGCGACGCAAAGCCUCACGAACAUUGGACUGAAAUACGGCCUGCUGAUUGAAGCUUAAAAUUCAUUCGUUUAAUUUAUUGAACGUCUUUGCAGCUUCGUGUAUAUACAAUACAUUAAUUAUAACAUUUGUACUCAUCGUCGUCGUGUUCGAAACGAACAAAACGGAUCAACUAGACCCCCAGCGUCGAGCGUCGGUCAUUGGCGCUACGAAAAUAGGAAAUAGAAUGAGAGACGUAGAAGAAUACGAUUGCAGAUAAAUGCAGAGGGAUAUAAUAGCGCAUUGUAUGAAAUUUGAAAAUUAUUCUAUACAUAAAAACGGAGAAGUUGUUC